CCCGGACCACUGUUCCCCCAGCGGCCGCAUCUGCCCCCGGCCGCCAGCUCCGGAGCUACCGUUAGCAAGCGGAGAACAAGGGAGAAGGAAGACGUUGUUGAAUAUCUCCGCGUCAUGUCGCUUUGCUAAAUCAUUUGGUCCUCGGUGGGUGAAGAUGAAAUCACAGCUCCUCCGUGUCACCGCGGCUCCUGGAAGACACAUCCCCCCGUGCGAAGUCCGCCUUUUCAGCCCGACCUCGGUUAGCGAGUCCGUCAGUCCUGCCAAGCGAGAGGCUCCGCUGUCCUCCGCCGCCGCUGGAGCUCUGUGAGACGGGGGAGGCUCCGGACAAAGCCCGUCAGAUGUUGGACGGUGGGAACACAUCCUCGGACCCGCCGCGAUUUGAAACCAGGCUGAGGGGCUGAAUUGUCAAAAUCCGUCGUGGGAAGCGCCGGGAAAAAACCAAGGUGGAGGACUGAGGUCUAUUUUCAGAGAGGGCGAGAGCUCGGAUCUCUCACGGGGGGAAAGGAGCCGAGGAGCGGGGGUUGUGAGGAGGAGGGAGACCCGCAGAGAAGAAGGGACGUAGCGGGAGGAAGCUGCCGCUGCCAGUGAUGGCAAACGAGCCGAUCAUCCUAAACGUCUAUGAUAUGUACUGGAUCAAUGAGUUCACCAGCUCUAUGGGAAUCGGAGUGUUCCACUCAGGGAUUGAGAUCUAUGGAAGAGAGUUUGCCUAUGGCGGACACCCGUACCCAUUCUCAGGGAUCUUUGAGAUCACACCCGGCGAUGCCACUGAACUCGGCGACACCUUCAAGUUCAAAGAAGCCAUAGUCCUCGGCAGCACAGACUUCACAGAGGAGGAUGUGGAGCGGAUCGUGGAGGAGAUGGGGAAGGAGUACAAAGGCAACGCCUACCACCUCAUGCACAAGAACUGCAACCACUUCUCCUCGGCGCUGUCUGAGGUAAUCCUGUGUGGCCGGGAGAUCCCUCGCUGGGUCAACCGUCUGGCCUACUUCAGCUCCUGCGUGCCCUUCCUCCAGACCUGCCUGCCCAAAGAGUGGCUGACCCCGGCCGCCUUACAGUCCAGCGUCAGCCAGGAGCUCCACGGAGCGGGAGAGCUGGAGGAGGCCGAGGACGCGGCCGCCUCCGCCUCGCUGGCCUCCAUGUCGCCCUGCUCGCCCUCAUCUUCCUCCAGCCCCAACUCCUUGCCUCGUCACUCCCGCUACCAGCCCCGCCGGUAGGGAAUCCUGCUGGGAAACACAGGGCUGGACCUGUGGUCAGCAAACAGAAUAGCUGAUGAGUCCAGCUACAGUCGGUCCGGUCCUGGACUGCUCCCUGCUCCGGGUAAGAACAUCGGCCAAAUCCCUGCAAUGAUCCAGGGCAAUGGAAUAGUUUCUCCUCUCAGGGGGAAGGAGAUCUCGCCGCUGACUAAAGGCUGGAUCGUCUCCCAGUGAACACGGCUGACCACAGCUGACACCGUCCCCCCCACAAUUCACUGGUUCCCCCUCAAGACUCGUUCAUUAUUUUACCUGCCAUCUUACCGCGCAGGAUGGAAACAGGGCUGGUUUCUUUCUCCACCAAAGUGUUUCGUAACUUAGGAACAUUUACCAGCCACAUGUAGAUUUUACCAGCAGUUAUUUAAUGGAUGGUGCUAAACCCAGAAAGAGAGAACACUGAAAGGGAAGAGCAGGUCUGGCUCAUCUUAAAACCACGAGUCCAAACCAAACGUCCCAAUAACCCGUCUUAAUGGACACAACUCUGACUUUUUUCUAAGGUUGUCACUUCAACCUUGAACUCUGACACGGGCGGAACACAUACCACCCGUCACACGUUUUAAAGAUGGUCUGCAGCUGAAUAAUCUAAAGCUGCUUUUAGACACAUUUUCAGGAGGUGCUUGUAUGUAAGAGUCAGUUGCUCCGGACAUUUUCUGGACCUUCUCCUGCCAGUCCCCCCUUCCUUAAAUGUCUGAGCGUGCCCAUGUGAGAAUGCAGCAGGAAAAUGUCUGGACAGGCAGGAAACUGGAAGAAAAAGAGCAGCCGGAGAAGAUGACAACAAAGACGUAAACUUCACAAGACAAUGACAUUUGAGAGCUUUUGAGCGUGAGGGCCGUAAAACCAACCCCCCCCCCCCCCCC